AUGACCACCAACGCGUACAAGGAAGUGAAGGGGAAGUUGGAUGGACUGGAGGACCUGAGGAGUGGAACGGCACAGCCUAGGUGGAAUGGCGAGCAGGCGAACUUGGAGAGGAAGGAAAGGAAUUGGAAAACGAGAAGAAGUUAUGUCUGGAUCAAGUUAUCAAGCUGCAAGACAGACUAUCCUCUGUUGCAACUACUCGAGCAGAUAAAACUAGAUACUAAUGAUAAACAACCCCUUGCAGAGCUGGUUAGUCGAUUAGGGUCUGAGAAAAUAGAUCCGAAAGGCGCAUCAAUCUUUCUUCCACAACUCAAAAGAUUCAAAAAUUAUGUUCUUACGAAUCUGGAAAAAGCCCGCACAUCGCAGGCUAGAGUAGAGUUGCUCUAUCAGGAAUUUUUAUGUCCAAUUAUGGAAUGGGACGGUGUUCUUACUUGCAAAGGCAUGACAUUCUUACUUGAAAGUAAACACAAGAUGACGGAAGACCAUCUAAAGAAAAUUGUUAAACGAUUGACUGAAUUUCAAGAAAAAGUUAAUGUGAAUGAGAAGAAGUGUGCGCAAAUUCAAACAGUUGGAGUAAUUCACGCUG